GUAAAGUCAGACGCAGCCUUCUCACCAUUACUGUCAUAGUCCACACUGGCUUGUCGUAUGGCUUGAACUACUGUGUUACAGAGGUAUCUCUGGCGACCUGCCGCUAGCUGUGCCUCCAUCAUCCUCCACACCAUGUCCGACGACAUUGCAGCUUCAUUCGUCGAUCCUACGGCAAACAUCGAUGAGAGCGACAUUGAAGACCUCCCCUCAGAGCCUGAUUCGGACGAUGUCACUGUGAGCGAGGAAGAUUUUGAAUCAGAUGCUGAAAGAGAGUGGAAGGAAAGUCUGCAACAGCUGGAGAUGUUGUUGACGAUGGUCAUUGUGCCUUACGCUGGGAAAUACUUUGGCAGGAAGUUUGCAUACUGGGGAUGGAAGAGAUAUAUGGAGUGGCAAUACCCGGUUGAGAUUGUCGUGACGAACAAAGCCGCGUUCAGAGGGACCGGUGCCGUGGCUGCUGCUGCCCCGUUGUGAAAACAGGAUUUGUGGGCAUGCUUUUGCGAAGUACGACCAGCCAAACGAUAUUGGUCGAAUCCACGAAGAGCGGCUGGUAGAGGAGCAGUCUCACGGGUCAAAGUCUAUCGAGCAGCGGCAGAGGUCUAAUCCCGUCUCCUCGACUUCAAUCUCAAGAGACCUCACUUCGGGGAAGUCUGCUCGAGUAAGAUGAAUUUCGUCGAGUACAGUCGAGCCAACGAACAGCAAGCCGAGCACAGCAAGAGUCACGGGCAGUCCGCUGGAGAAUCGGAAAUCUGUCUUCCACUGGAGGUUGUUUUAUGGCAGAGGAUGUACCUAGAUCGCCCAAUCUGGACUGGUAUUUGCCAAAACCAUGGUUUGCAAGUAACCCUAGUAGCCGACAUGCUCGUAGCAGGUUCUCAUAUACAUUGCUGCUUUGCUCGCUUCCUGA